CUGCUUCACCCUCGUUAGUAUCGAGACAAGACUUGAACACACUGUCAGUUAAAUCUUCUUUAAGAGAGAAACACCAUGAAUCAAGAGAAACUUGCCAAACUUCAGGCACAAGUCCGGAUAGGUGGAAAGGGAACAGCCCGCAGGAAGAAAAAGGUUGUUCACAAAACGGCAACAGCUGAUGACAAAAAACUUCAAGGCUCUUUGAAGAAACUGGCAGUGAACAACAUUGCUGGGAUAGAAGAGGUGAAUAUGAUGAAAGACGACGGGACAGUAAUCCACUUCAACAAUCCCAAAGUGCAGGCGUCUCUGUCUGCCAACACCUUUGCCAUUACAGGCCACGCUGAGACCAAGCAGCUGACUGAGAUGCUGCCAGGCAUCCUGAGCCAGCUGGGAGCCGACAGCCUCAGCAGCCUGCGCAAGCUGGCUGAGCAGUUCCCACGGCAAUCAAUGGACAUGAAAGCAGUCAAGGAGGAGAUUGCAGAGGAGGAGGAUGACGAUGUACCAGAUCUCGUGGAGAACUUUGAUGAAGCCUCAAAGAAUGAAGCAAACUGAUAAAUAAUGUUUUUUUUUUUUUAAUCAGUCAGCCAUUUAAUCCUUUUCCUCAGUUGGACUCACAAAAGGCAUUUCCUCCAAUGGGGAAACUGUUGUUAAAGGUGCAGUGCACCAUCUCCUGAGAUGUGAACCACUUAGGUUUAGCCUGCCACCACAGCAAAACAACUACAACCAGCAGAUACAGUAGGUUUGGAUUCAUUGUGGACACACCAGGAUCUGUACGACUCUCAGCACCCAAAGGACUUCAUGUGUUUAGAAAUGAGCUUUCUACGUGGUUAAACAUGGCAUCUAGUAUUUAAGAGAUUGUAUAUCAAAUUACAGUACAAGUGAAUGAAGAAUCCACUUUACAUAUAGUGGUGGUUAUGAAUUUAAUAAAGCAUUUUGGGCUAAUGAGAUUUCUUUCUAUUCUUGGACUUUCAAGUUGAACACUAAUUCAAAUGAUCAGAAAGCAGCAGUAUUGUUUUUCCUGCAGGUGUUCAAGUAGUGUGUGAGGUCUCUAUAUGUUAAAUAUUUGUAACUGAUGCUCGUUUUAUAAAUAGAAUAAACACUCCAGCCUGUGAAAA